AUGAAUACUGACUACGAAAAGAAACCUGACUCUCGUCCUGCUUCCAUUGUGAAUGAAAAAUACCAAGAAGAUCAUUCCAUCUCUGAGGUCCAAGUGGAAGAUGUGCCUCGAGGAACCGCUUCUUUCGGCAAAGCCUUGUUCAUGUUGCUGAAGGCUUUUAUCGGUACAGGUGUCAUCUUUUUGCCUGGCAGUUUUGUAAGCGGUGGCUUGCUGUUAUCCAUCAUUCUCAUGGUAGUCAUUGCUUUCCUUUGUCUGGUUGCAUUCCAAUUGCUGGUAAAGGCUCAGAUGAAGAUUGGUGGUGAUUAUGGUGAUGUGGCUCAGAGUUUAUAUGGUCCUUACUUGAGACAUUUGAUCCAGUUCUUCUUGUGUGUUUCUCAAAUGGGUUUCGUUGCCUCUUAUAUGAUCUUCAUCUCUGAAAAUAUCGGCAUCGUUGUUGAUACUGUCAAUCACUGUAACGCUCCCUUUGAGGCCAAAUACUACAUCUGGAUCAUUCUUAUCGCUAUCAUUCCUUUCUGUUGGGUUAGAAGAAUCGCAAAGCUGUCUUACCUCGCUAUCGUCGCUGAUACCUUUAUCGCCUUUGGUUUAAUCUGUAUUCUCUACUUUUGUUCCAGCCAAAUUGCCACUCACGGUGUUGGUAACAAUAUCCAUCUCGUCAAUCAAAACGACUUUGGUCUGAUGAUUGGUACCGCUGUCUUUUCUUUUGAGGGUGUUGGCAUGGUCUUGCCUAUUGUCCAAGGUAUGAGAGAGCCCAAGAGAUUCCCCGCUGUCAUGACCGUUGGCUUGAUCAUUUGCCUUAUUAUCUUCACCUUGAUUGGUGCCAUUGGUUACGUUGCUUACGGUGAUAUCACUCAAGCCAGUGUCGUUGCCAACAUUCCUAGAAUCCCCUUGUCCAUCACUGUCCAAGUCCUUUAUGCCAUUGCCAUGAUCUUGACCUCUCCCUUCAUGCUUUUCCCUCCCUUGCAAAUCAUUGAAAAGUACGUCUUUGGUACUCGCUCUGGCAAGAACUCCCUCAAGAUCAAGUACAGCAAGAACAUGGUUCGCUCCUUGAUUCCUAUUGUCUGUGCUGCUGUCAGUUUCGGUGUUGGUGCUCAAAACUUGAGCAAGUUUGUCGCCCUCGUUGGCUCUGUUGCUUGUAUGCCCCUCUGUUUCAUUUUUCCUGGUCUUUUCCACUACAAGAUUACAUCCAAUCGUUAUCUCAAGAUUGUUGAUAUCCUUUUGAUUCUCUUUGGCGUUGGUAUGUUGGUAUACACCACUUACAUCAAUGUCAACUCUUGGGUUCAUCCUGCAGUCUCCACCGGUGUCAUCAUUGCCAUGACCGAUUGUGCUGUUUAA